CUCGCAGCCGCCUCCCCUCCCGGCUCCCGUGCGUGUCCAGCACCAAAGGAGAGGCUUCCUCGAUCCUCUCCCGAGCAGGUGCUCGCCCGGAGCCCCUUCCCCGCGGCGCCAUUCGUCCACGCCUCCAGCGCCCGUGCUGCCUCUCCUUGCCUCGCCGCCGGCGACUGACCCGCAUGUUCGAGGCAUGGCGCCGCCCCAAGCUCUUCCCCGACGCCAUGGAUGGGCGCACACAUCGGAGAGUUCCCCGCGCUCGUCCCAUCCUCGCGCCCGAGGCCUCCCUGGCGACCUCGCCGUUCCCGCAACGCAAGUCCCGUGCCUCUGCGUUCAGCGCCGCCGUCUGCAUCCCGCCUGAACGGAUCGAGCGAUCCUGCUCGUCCCGCGCCGUGCCAAGCUGUCGUCUCCUGCCUCGUCGCGCUCGUCCCGCCCCUCUGCUCCCCGCGCCUCCCCGUCUUCCGCCGAGCCGCCCGCCUCCUCUCCAACUCCGGCGCCGGCCUUCGCCGCCGCCCCGUCGCCGGUGCGCCUCGCCACAGCCGCCUUCCUCCGCAGCAACCCAGCGCCGCCGCCCAUGGAGCUCCUGCCUCCGCUGCCGUCCGUUCGCGCGGCCGCCCCACUUCAUCUCCACCUUGAUCCGAUGCCGCCGGGGCCCGCUAUCUCCGUCGCUCUCUGGCCUCCCUGCCUGCAAGCGCCGCCAUCCCCUCGUCGUCAGCUACAGGAGCAGCGCGGCCUCUCCUUCUGUUCGAGCAAGGGAGACGAGCGCGUGCCUGCAUCCUCUGCAUCGCGGUGCUGCGCCUUUGCGUGCCCGUUGACUCCGCCCGAGCCGC